AUGUGGAAUAACACCUCUUCCGACACACCCGUCCUCAAUAACUUCCUCGACAGUAUUGGGGGUCUUGUGCAGAGCCGUGAUGGCGUAAAGCUCCAGGAUUUCCUGCAACUUGAGCCUCCCCUGUCCGCCAUUUACAACCAGAUGACCACGGAAUUGCAGCGAGCGUACCCGGCCGACGGUGGUAAAGACGCUGAAUUGCUCUCUAGAUGUGAAAAACAGAUGUCCGGAGGGCAGCUAGGCAGCCCCUGGCCGGCAUUUGCUCCCUUCAUGCGCCUAUACUUGACCUUUUUGCGAGACGUUAACGUGGAUAACCUAUUGGAAACAUACAACAUGCUGAAAGCCUUGCUAAACCAGAGUGUGAUUGCUCUUGGUGACAGCCAGAUGGGUAUCGUUAUCCUGCCAACCGUCUUCUACCUUAGCAAGCUGCUUUCAAAGCUUGCGAUCGGACUUGACCGCCAACCGGAGCUGAUUGCACAUCUCCUUAGAGACGAAGGGGGAGAGUCCGGACAAAGCGGGACUGGGGAGAAAGUCACGCUGGUGGAAAAGUCGACAAAUAUUGUUAGAGAGGCGUUUAUCAAGUGCCUGACUGAUAGAAGCGGUACCUCAGGAACCCACGCAAAACCGGAAGGGAAAAGAGCAGGAAUAUACUUGAUGGCUAACCUGUGUCUAAAGCUCCUUUUUAAGUGCGGAAAACUGCGCAAUGCGGAGCAAAUGUUUGCUAGUAUCAACUCUCAAUCACCACCACUCGAAUACUUCCCUGCUUCACAAAGGGUAACCUACCUAUAUUAUCUUGGGAGAUAUCUCUUUUCAAAUAACUUAUUCUAUCCCGCCAUGAUUGUACUUGAGGCAGCAUAUAACCAGUGCCAUCGGCAAGCCUUGAAACAUCGAAGUCUAAUCCUCACAUAUUUAAUACCAUGCAACAUCAUUCUCGGCCGGUUCCCAUCCCAGAAACUGCUCCAGAGGUCAGAAGCUGAAGGUUUAGGAGAUAGGUUCAUACCUCUCUGCCGGUAUAUUGCUAAAGGAGAAAUUCAUUUCUUUAGAAAUUAUCUGUCCGUCAGCUCACCGCACGCAGAAUGGUUUGCCAAAAAGGGACUUCUACUACCACUUCGCAAUAGAUGUGAAAUUCUCGUUUGGCGAUCUCUCACUCGGAAAGUGUUUAUUUUAGCUGGAUUCCACGGUGACCAGAAAAUGCAGGCGCAGCGAGGGCCACCGCCAUUUCUAUAUCUACAAAAACUUGAAGCCGCUGUUCGCUGGCUCGACAGCCGCACACCACCCUAUUCACAUCGACUGCCGACAUCAAGUCAACAGGAUCAAGUUGAUCUGCAAAUCACCUCUUUUCCAUCGGAUCCAGACUUUUUGCCCUCACCUGAGCCUGCAGAUGAUUCUAUUUUUGACGACUAUAACAAUCCUGAAUGGUAUUUUGGCCACAGCGGGCAGCAUGUUAAUGUCAACGGCUCCAAUGAUCUUCCCAUUGAUGGAUUGGCCGAAGAUUUGACCAGAAUUUCAGAUCCGUACUCGACUUUAAUCACGGAGGAUGGUGAUAACCACCCGCAGCCUACUGUUAACGGGAAUAAAGGAGUAGAGCUUGCUGCUUCCCCACUUAUGCAAGAGCUGGAGAAUGUCCUUGCCUCCCUGCUUACCCAGGACCUAAUGCGAGGCUAUCUCACCCACAAGAAUCCACGAUAUGCUAUACCUGGGGCUCGGCUGAAGGGGGCUCUCCCUACCGGUUUCCCGAACGUGUGGCAGACAAUCUAUGCACGGGAACGUGAAGAUGAGCAGAUCCCCGGAUGGGUCAAACCCCUGGCUUCUGGUGGCGCCCGCGGAGCUUCAGCAAUGCUCUUAGGAGGCGGAUCACGGGUAAUUAACCUGAGUGGCGCCAGAUCUAUCAGUGAGAUGAUGGGGUCGAGUUAA